AACAUAUUCAUUUUCCUUGUUCCAUUUUUUGAUUUGUCAUUAAGAAGAACUCUAAUAUUUUCAUUAACUGGUGGAAGAGAGGAGACAAAACCUUGGAGAUGUUGGAGAGGAAGUCUUCGAUCGAGACGGAGCCCGUGACACUGCAUCUCAAUCAAAUGCGACAUGCUAGAGAGGCUGCAAUGUUGGUGUUACAGACAAAAACAAUGGAGGAAGCUAUGAAUAUUUUCACUCAGGGACUAGAGGCAGUGAGGGAGAAGAAGAGAGGGGGAGGUUGUAAUGUGGAGCUAGACGACGAUGACGACUACGAUUUGCAGCUUAUGAGGCAGCGUCUGGUGGAAAACGCGUACAGAGACACCGUCUCUGCGCCCUUCUGAACGUCGUCAGUUGAUGAUUUAAUCCGACAAAAUCCGAAUUCUCUGAAACAUUUUCAUGACUUUCGAAUCUAUAAUCUCGAGGAGAAAGUUGUGAAUCUUUUGACGAUGCUACCCUGUUUUUUAUUUAUUUCUUCGGGUGUUUUUGUAAAAUACUCAAGAUUUGCACUGGUUUCUUUCCCCUUUUUGUUGCAUGAUUCUCUCUCUUCUAGUUGUGUUGUUGUUCUUGUAAUUUUCCAUAAAAGGAAUGCGACGAGGGCUUUAAGUUGAGGAGAUGAACGGUUUAUCGUUGUGGUGUUGAAUUCAAGAAUAUUAAUACACAAGUGGAAUCGAAGUUGGAAAUA